CCCUCCCCACUCAGAACUCCCAGACAGUCCUAGCUAAAUUCUUGCUUGAGAAUUUUCUCUUUGCUAGGAAUAUUUGUGUUUAUUUUUGAUCAUUUUCAUUGAAAACAAUCACAGUAAGGUACUUUAUUGUUACCCAGAAAUGAUUUGAUAUUGACAUAACAACAGCUGACCUUUAAAUCAGCUUUAAAAUUCGCACGCUUUUAUACGUCAGCCUCGGCGUGCAUGUGCAGAAGUAGGAAAGAUGGCUGCUUGUGCAAUACGACGAGGCUUUCUGACUACUGUCAGUAAAUACAAGAAGAAACACACACAUAGAAUAUUGAGUAUUAUUGAAGGGAGUAGUGGACUUCAGGUGAAGAGACCCUGGUUACCGUGUUUAGCAUGUCGAUUGCCCAACAUUCAGCAGACGAGGUUCAUAUCGUCACGGAACAGGCCAGAGGGGAAGGUUCUGGAGACGGUGGGAGUGUUUGAGGCGCUGAAGCAGCAUGGCAAAUAUGAAACAGGCCAGCUCUUCCUUCAUAGUGUGUUUGGCUACAGGGGGGUCGUGUUGUUCCCCUGGCACGCCCGUAUCUAUGACAGAGAUGUCAUUCCUCCCGUGUCUGACAGCCAUGUUCCGUCUCCCAGCAAGCCAGAGCCUCCUGGUUCACAUGGGUCAAAGGAGGUGAAGGGGAAAACUCAUACCUACUACCAGGUCCUCAUCGACACACGGGACUGUCCUCACAUAUCUCAGAGGUCUCAGACAGAAGCAGUGACGUUCCUGGCGAACCAUGACGACAGCAGAGCCCUCUAUGCCAUCCCAGGUCUGGACUAUGUGAGUCAUGAAGACAUCCUGCCCUACAACUCCACAGAGCAGGUCCCCAUCCAGCACGAAUUGUUUGAGCGCUUCCUCAUGUUCAACCCUGACAAAACCACCCCAGCUCCCCCGUUCAGUGCGAGGGACACUCUGAAGGCAUGGCAGGAGAAGAACCAUCCCUGGCUGGAGCUGUCCGACGUACACAGAGAGACGACGGAGAACAUCAGGGUUACCGUCAUCCCCUUCUACAUGGGCAUGAGGGAUGCUCAAAAUUCUCAUGUGUACUGGUGGCGGUACUGCAUCCGCCUGGAGAACAUGGGCAGUGAGGUGGUGCAACUGAGGGAGAGACACUGGAGGAUUUUCAGCCUGUCAGGCACCCUGGAGACGGUCCGAGGCCGGGGGGUCGUAGGCCGGGUCAAUAGAGCCAGUGUUGUCCAAAGAGCAGCCAGCCUUCCAGUACAGCAGCCAUGUUUCCCUUCAAGCACCCAGUGGACACAUGUGGGGGACGUUCCGCAUCGAGCGGACGGACGGCUCCCACUUUGACGUGCGCAUUCCCCCGUUCUCCCUGGAGAGUAACAAGGAUGAGAAGGUACCUCCUGCUGGCUACACCCUCUGAGGCAACGCAGCAGCACCAUGUCCCUCAGCGCAGUCUGACAGCCAAGCCAUCCUUAGGAACGGAUCAAAACCCUUCCUCUGCUACUUUUCCUUGUUGAGAUUUUAAGAAACGUAUUUAAUCGAGCACAUUGAAAUGAGAUGUUCAAUGAAAAGGGACAAAAAAAUAUCCUCCCAACACUAUUGUGGCUAAUGACAACUUUAGCUUUUUAGUGGAAAGGAGAAGGACAAGCGAUCGGUCACCGAGGUUGUUGAUUGAGAUCGUUCUGCAGAGGCAGAAUGGCUCGGUGAGCACUGACGCUAUUUCCUUUUAUUAUUAUGAUGAUGAGUGGGGAUAAAUCAUGCCAAUUGUUUCUCAGCCAUAGUUGCUUGACCCAGAGGUAGACGUCUAAAGCCAAAUAGAACAUGUCCAAUAGUAGCCCUACUCUUUAACAGAGACCUCAGUCAGUCAAGUCUAGACCUCAUGUUCCUCUGAUGUAUAGUGUUCUGCAAAUUCCUCUGAGUGUUGUUUGGCUUGACUGUUACUUCUUUGAGCCUCUGUGAUGGGGCUUGUGGUGAAACAUGAAGAAAAGGGAAAGAACCUUGUGCAUGUCUCAAAUGGCACCCUAUUCCCUAUUAAGUGCAUGGGCCCUGGUCAAAAGUAGUGCACUGUAUAGGGAAUAGGUUGCCGGUUGGGAUGUAGCCCUUGAAUGUAGUAAGAAAGUGAAUACAGGAGGAAUCAGUGAGCUAAGGAUGUCAUAGUGACCCACAUUGAUGUUACCAACUGUAGGUUUGUCUGAUGUGAGGGCCGGGUUCAGGAGGGUGCAAUGUUCUGUUUCAGAUAGAAAUGUCAUGCAUAGAGCAGACAUGGUUCUUCAUUCUACAUGACAGAGAAUCAUGUCUGUUCCACACAAUGUAUUUAUAUCUGAACAUUUCAUAUUGUUGCGCCCUACUGAAUUCGACCAUUGUGUGUUGGUGAGGGAGGUGUCUGGGAGACUGACUGGCUGUUAUGCUGCUCGAGUCUGUAGUAUCCAUCCCUUGAGUCAGUUCUGUGGAUUGAAGUCUCAAACUUUGAUUUUGCCUUGUUAAAGGAGGAAACUAACUUUUUGGUAGGUGAUUUGAAAUGACUGUCUCUAAUGGUUGAAUGAUGUUCUGUAAAAUAAAGUUGUAAAAAUAAUUAAA